AAGCAGCAUUGCCAAGCACACACAAGCACCAAAAAGUCUAGACAGUGGUGAAACAUCUUCGUGCAAGCGCGCGCUCUCAUAAGGCACUUUCAAGCUCGUACCGCUCGGUCACCACCAGCUAUAUGCGCCGCGCCCUGCUCCUCGGCGGCCGGCGGCGGCUCCGGCCGAUUAGACGGUGCAACUGGGAGACGUCACUCAAAGCCCUGGCGUCGAAGCCGCAGACGAGCGUGUCGCUGCGAGGUUUGGGGGAGGCGGGCAAGGAGCACCUCCGGCUGAGCAGAGGCGACGCGCGCGAGGCGACGACCGCCCUCUUGUCGAUCGCGGGCUUCCUGCGCCACGAGCUGCCGAUCCGGCUCGCGCGGCGCGUCGUCGAGCUCGACCGGCUGCCCGCGCUGCACGAGAUGCCGUCGGUCAAAAAGGUGCGCGAGUGGUACGCGCGGUCCGCGCUGGAGAUCCAGGAGGCGCCCAAGCCCGCGGAUGCUACCACGGAGCGGGCCUUCGCCAAACUACUGGAGACGAUCUACGAGCGGCACGCCGGCGUCCUGUACACCAUGGCGCACGGCGCGUACGAGCUCCGGGAGAACUACGAGGGCGCGUUCGAGGACGACGCGUCGAUCCACAGCUUCCUCGACAGCUUCUACACGUCGCGGAUCGGCAUUCGGAUGAUCAUCGGGCAGUACCUCGCGCUGCGGGAGCCGGCCCACGGCGAGGACGCCGUCGGGUUGCUGAGCACGGCCGUGGCGCCGGCGCGCAUCGCCGAGGACGCGGCGUUGCAGGCCCGGCACCUGUGCGAGCGGCAAUUCGGCGUCGCGCCGGACGUGAAGAUCGAGGGCCGCACGGACCUGGACUUCGAGUACGUGCCGGACCACGCCUUCUACAUCCUGCUCGAACUGCUCAAGAACUCGAUGCGCGCGUCGUGCGAGGCGAGCCCCGAGGACCCGCCGGCCGUGCGCGUCGUCGUCGCCGACGGCGAGGCGAACGAGGACGUCGCCCUCAAGGUCUCGGACGAGGGCGGCGGCAUCGCGCGGUCCGACCUGCGGCGCGUCUGGUCCUACCUGUACACGACGGCGUCGCGCGACGUGCAGGCCCGGGGCUUCUCGGGCGGCGGGAGCGACUUCGCCGGCGCGCCGCUCGCGGGCCUCGGCUACGGCCUGCCCAUCUCGCGGGCCUACGCGCGGUACUUCGGCGGCGACCUGACGCUCAUGUCCAUGGAGGGCUUCGGGACGGACGCGUUCGUGUACCUGUCGCGGCUCGGCGACCACGACGAGCCGCUCCCGUAGGUGGUAAAUAUAGUGUCGUUC